AUGAUCGAAUACCUUCGACACAAUCCCAGUGCAGCGUAUGAUGUUCAUAAACAUCUUAGCCAGGUUACACAUCUUCAGCAUCUUAACUUUAAUGCUCCUAUCGAAUCGUCCACACCGCAAACACCAAAACGAAACCUAGAUACAAGCGACAAUGAUGGUAUACAAGUAUUGAAACAGCAACGUGUAUUAUCAAAUGAAAAACAAAAAAGCACGGGUCGUACAAAUUUAUCAAUAGCUACAAAUGCAACUAAUGUAUCAGGUAAUAAUCCAAUAUCGGGUCAAUUGCAGCAACAACCAGCUGAACAACUACAACAAUAUCAACUACCAUUUGAACAGUUGAAACGCGCUGUUUCAAGCAAUCUGCCAUGUUUUUUAAUUGAAUUCGAUCAAGACGUCAACUUGAAGAAAAGACCCUCUGAUCUUGCAGCAGCAAGUAUAAUUGAAGAUUACUUCAAACAACAAGGAAUAAUUAUCAAGUUUUCUCUCGUCGGUCAUGUCGGUAAUAAAUUAAAAUUAGGAGUAAACAACAAGGAAACAUAUGCAACAUUAAUAUCUACUGAAAAAUGGCCAACACAAGUCAACAACAUCAAUAUCAAUGUAAGUAAGCCGAAAUUUAUUCCAGAUUCAUUUGCUCUUGUUGUUCGUUAUGUACCCCUUCAAUACAAUGAUGAAUAUGUUAAAGAAGAAAUAGAACAAAAUAUUCAAUCAGCCGAGAAUGUGAGACGCAUUCAGUAUCGCUUUCAACGAAGAACAAACGAUUUUCGAUUUGUUGUUAAAGAUUUAAGUGAAUACAAUGCAGCCUUAAAACUAGGUCGUAUAUCAAUCGGCAAUACAUUUUGCAUAAUUACAUCAUUUCUGACGGGUAAUCGAAUGACUUAUUGCACUCGAUGUUGGUGUUUAGGUCAUAUGAGAGAUAAAUGUACAGCAGAACAUCCACGCUGUCGUAUCUGUCUUAACAGUAUAAACGAUCAUCAAGCACAUGUCUGCUCGAAUAUCGCUCGUUGUGCACAAUGUAACGGUAAUCAUCAUUCAUUAUCUAAUGUAUGUGAAAAAGUGCUUGAAUAUCGUUCUCAACUAAAAGAACAAGUUAACAAUGCCUUAUCAACAGGCAAACUGCAUCGAUUAAUACCACAAGAACACUCUCAACCGACACAAUUUCAAUUGAAUAAAAAUGAAUUUCCACCAUUACCGGCUCAAAUGCAGGGUGUUAGUCCUUGGAAACUAACCACGGCACAACCAUUAAUAACAGCCAAUAUGAAAGAGAAUGAAGAUACAACAAGAAUGUUAUUAACAAUAAAUCAAAAUAUUUUAGAUAUGAAAGAGUACACUCAUCGUAUAAACGAAAAAUUACAUGGAAUAAAUGAACGUGUCAAUCAAACUGCUCUUGAUGUAGAACUACACCAAGAAACAUUAAUAAAACAGCUACCUAUACUCGUAUCGAUCAUUACAGAUUUUCUUUGGCCAAUGACGAACUAUAAUGUGGCAGGUUUGAAAGAAAAUCAACCGAAAUUGCAAAAAAUACUCACUAAGUUGGAAACAUUAUUAUCUUAUUUAAAAUCAGACUAUACAACUCGCCGAAAACGCAGUACAUCUCCACUCCCACACCUUUCUCCAUCACAAGAACCAACAAAAGCACCCAACAAAGGUUUGAAUAAUGAAUCUAUUCAGAAUAUGAGCAGUUAG